AUGGAUCUCGAGGGCGGCCUCAGCUCCGGUCCCUCCAAGAGGGAUUCUUGGAGGGCGGUGCUGAGUUUGGCGUACCAGAGCCUGGGGGUGGUGUACGGGGACCUAAGCACGUCGCCGCUGUACGUGUACAAGAGCACCUUCGCGCAGGACAUCCAGCACUCGGAGACGAACGAGGAGAUCUACGGCGUGCUCUCCUUCGUCUUCUGGACCCUCACCCUCGUCCCGCUCCUCAAGUACGUCUUCAUCGUCCUCCGCGCCGACGAUAACGGCGAGGGAGGCACCUUCGCGCUCUACUCCCUCCUCUGCCGCCACGCCCGCGUCGGCUUCCUCCCCAACGGCCAGCUCGCCGACGAGGAGCUCUCGGCGUACAAGAAGGGGGACGGUGUCGGCAGCGGCGGCGGCCGCCGGGCGGAGGCGGCGGCGAGGGUGAGGAGGCUGCUGGAGAAGCACCAGGUGCUGCAGCGGUGCUUGCUGGUGCUGGCGCUGAUAGGGACGUGCAUGGUCGUCGGGGAUGGUGUCCUCACCCCGGCUCUUUCUGUUUUUUCGGCGGUGUCGGGGCUCGAGCUUUCGGUGUCCAGAGAGCAGCAUAAAUAUGUGGAAGUUCCUGUUGCUUGUCUUAUACUGGUUUGCUUGUUUGCUCUGCAACAUUAUGGUACCCAUCGGGUUGGAUUCCUGUUCGCGCCAAUCAUCAUUACUUGGCUUCUGUGUAUCAGUGUGAUUGGAGUUUAUAACAUUUUCCAUUGGAACCCUCAUGUUUAUCGGGCACUUUCUCCUUACUACAUGUACAAGUUUUUGAAAAAGACUCAAAGAGGAGGUUGGAUGUCCUUGGGUGGAAUCCUAUUAUGCAUAACAGGUUCUGAAGCUAUGUUUGCCGAUCUAGGACAUUUUUCACAGUUAUCAAUAAAGAUUGCUUUUACUUUUGUGGUUUAUCCAUCAUUGAUCCUAGCAUAUAUGGGACAAGCUGCUUAUCUGUCUAGACAUCAUACUAUUGAAAGUGACUAUCGAAUUGGAUUCUAUGUAUCCGUACCAGAGCGGAUAAGGUGGCCAGUUUUGGCAAUAGCUAUACUUGCAGCUGUUGUCGGAAGCCAAGCCAUUAUCACUGGCACUUUUUCCAUCAUCAAACAGUGCUCUGCUUUGGGCUGCUUUCCUAGAGUAAAGAUAAUUCACACAUCAUCUAAAGUACAUGGACAAAUAUACAUCCCGGAGAUCAACUGGAUCUUAAUGGUCAUGUGCUUGGCUGUAACUGUUGGUUUCAGAGACACAAAGCGCAUGGGUAAUGCAUCAGGCUUGGCAGUUAUAACUGUGAUGCUAGUCACCACCUGCUUGAUGUCCCUGGUGAUAGUCUUGUGUUGGCAUAAGAGCAUCUUUGCGGCUGUAUGUUUCAUUCUCUUCUUUGGCACCAUUGAAGUGCUCUAUUUCUCGGCUUCUCUUAUUAAGUUCUUGGAAGGAGCUUGGGUACCCAUUGCCCUCUCCUUCAUUUUCAUGAUUAUCAUGUAUGUCUGGCACUAUGGCACCCUUAAGAAAUAUGAGUUUGAUGUCCAAAAUAAGGUUUCCAUCAACUGGCUCCUCAGCCUGGGUCCUACUCUUGGAAUCGUUCGUGUGAAAGGGAUUGGCCUCAUACAUACUGAGCUUGUGUCAGGAAUACCAGCCAUCUUCUCCCAUUUCGUCACCAACCUCCCUGCAUUCCACCAGGUCCUCAUCUUCCUCUGCAUCAAGUCAGUCCAAGUGCCAUUCGUCCGGCCAGAGGAGCGGUUCCUUGUGAGUCGAAUUGGCCCCAAAGAAUACAGGCUCUAUAGGUGCAUCGUCCGCUAUGGAUACCAUGAUGUCCACAAGGAUGACUUAGAGUUUGAGAAGGAUCUAGUUUGCAGCGUAGCAGAGUUCGUAAGGUCGGGGGGUUCUGAGCCCAAUAGCAUAGUGGCAGAGUCUGCAAAGGAUGAAGAGAGGAUGGCUGUUGUUGGAGCUGGAGUCCGGUUGUGCAAGGAGGAUGGGGAGCCAGCGGAUGUGACGAGCCCCUCAGAUUCUAGAGAGAUACAGUCGCCUGUGAUUGCAACAAGGAAAAAGGUGAGGUUCAUGCUGCCCGAGAGCCCAAAAAUGGGUGCUGGGGUGAGGGAGGAGCUGCAAGAGUUGAUGGAGGCAAGGGAAGCUGGAAUGGCAUUCAUACUUGGGCAUUCCUAUGUCAGGGCAAAGAGCGGCUCAGGUUGGUUCAAGAGGCUGGUGAUCGAUGUUGUAUAUGAUUUUUUGAGGAGGAAUAGUAGGGGUCCGGGAUAUGCAGUUAGCAUCCCUCACGCAUCCACUCUGGAGGUUGGGAUGAUCUACCAUGUCUGAGUUUUAUUAUGAUACAGUUGUAUAUCUUUGUUCAUCAUGUAAAUUAUUAUAUAGUUCAGCCUCUCUUUAUCA